AUGUCCAGUCCUGUGCCGUUCCAUGCGGGCCCAUCUAUCCAGCAAGCAGCUGCCAGCCACAGUGUGUCCAGCCCAGUGUUGUCAAGUCUUGCAGUGUCCCAUCCUGUGUUGUCCCUUGUGGACCCACCUAUCCAGUUAGCAGCUGCCAGCCCUCAUGUGUCCCAUCCUGCUCCAUUCCGUGUGGACCUGUCCAUCAGAUUAUCAGCUGCCAGCCUUCCCAUGUCCAGUCCUGUGCCGUUCCAUGUGGGCCCAUCUAUCCAGCAAGCAGCUGUCAGCCACAGUGUGUCCAGCCCAGUGUUGUCAAGUCUUGCACUGUCCCAUCCUGUGUUGUCCCUUGUGGACCCACCUAUCCAGUUAGCAGCUGCCAACCAUCCUGUUCCAUUCCAUGUGGACCUGUCCAUCAGAUUAUCAGCUGCCAGCCUGCCCAUGUCCAGUCCUGUGCCGUUCCAUGUGGGCCCACCUAUUCAGUUAGCAGCUGCCAACCCUGCAGUGUCCCAGUCUGCUCCGUUCCGUGUGGACCUGUCCAUCAAGUGA